AUGAAAUUAGCCUCCCUUGUAACCUCAACGCAAUUUGGCGAAGAAGAAGAGCUUAUCAAGGAAGCUCAAGUAGUUUUGAGGAAUCGUUUUCAGGCUCUUCAUACUUUGGGGGCAGCCCCUCUAACCUUUAUGCGUCCUAAAGUGCAGAGAAGAGUUCAGAGGCAAAAAGUGUUUCAGUCUUCUCUCGUCGUUCCGCAGUCAGUCCCGCCUGACCUUGAUGAGGAAUUGGUAUCAGACCAGGAAACCUCUUUUGUUGAUCGAAUGGAGCAUCCGCCUAUAGCCGAUGUUCCUGCGCCCGCUUCUUAG